GACCCGAUGGUGCAGCUGAAGUCCACAGCAGGCAGAAUAUCUUCACCGCAUGAGACAACAUGAGCCUCCAGCUACUCAGAAUUGUUCUCUUCUUGUCUUUCUUCUUUAUAGGUUCCACAGGGAAUCAAGAAGCGUCAAGCUCUCCACCCUAUUCCGUCAUUCAGACGCCUCUUUUUUUGAACGUAUCCGAAGGUUCAGAUGUGAUGUUGAAUUGCAAAGUGGAAGGCAACAUUUCUUCAAAGUGGUUUGUGGACUGGAUGAAAAUGGGGGGAAAAGAAAAGAUCAAAAUUUCAAAGCGGAUUUUAAUCAAUAAAAAUGAAACGGACAAAUCCAGCAUUUUAACCUUGAAGUCAGCUGAUGUUGCUGAUUCUGGAAUCUAUCACUGUCAAAUUGGCUAUUUAAAGGUUUUGAAAAAUGGGAGCACAAAUGUGACCAUCUGGGAAAAGCCCAACAUAACAGUGUAUCAGACUCCACAAUACGCCAACAGAAAAGCAGGGGCAAAUAUCUCCAUUACCUGCAAUUUUAGCAGAGUUGCCGAUGUCAGUUUGAUGGAAGUGACGUGGUACAAAGACAACCAGGAGUACCCAAACCUAAAACACUAUGAGAAAUUUAAACAGAAAGCGAUUCUUAAACUACUGAAUGUAGAUGUCAAGGAUUCGGGAAACUACGUCUGUGUAAUCAGGAUCGGAAAUCGAACAGGAUCAGGAAAUGGAACACGUGUUCAGAUUGCUGCUGAAAAUCUAUUGGUGAUCCAGUCACCCCCUUACAUCCAGACAACAGAAGGGGAAAAUCUCACCAUGGACUGUAGAGUCCAGGGGAAGGAAACCAAACACCUCCAUCGUGUUUCAUGGUAUAAGGUUGCCUCUGAUGGACAGAAGAGCUUAAUGACACAUGGAACUGGUGUUCUGAAAGACCGAGCGUCUCUGUUUUUGAGGAACAUCAAGCAGGAGGACUCUGGAAACUAUACCUGUGAAGUUGAUAGAUAUGGCCAGGGGAAUGGAACUAGGGUGACAAUCCUUGCAGGACGUGGGAAGCCGUCGCAGACCACCAACGUCGAUGGUGACGGCAGGCAACCAGGCCCACCCGGCCAAGAUAUCGGGAGUGGAAUUGGAAUCCCUGUGGGGGUUGGAGUAGCCGUGGGCACCCUUGUCUUCUUGCUGCUCCUGGGAGUCCUGGUGUGGAGAUCCAAGAGGAAAAAUAAAGGAGCUUCAGAAAACCCUUCGGAGGCUGAGCCUACGGUAGCCAAAGAAGCCCAAAAGCACACUUUGACCAAGCGAACGAGCGAUGUGACAUAUGCUGACAUCAGAUUCCACAAAAGGGAAGCUCAACCAGAUACUGAAGUUGUGUAUGCAGAAGUGAGAUUGGGCACAAAACGGCCUGAACACAGAGAUAGAGGGACCCAGCCUGCAGGCCUUCACUGAGAGAAGGGGACAGGAGGAGGUAUUUGGAGAUGAGUCGUCUUCAGAAGUUCCUGAG